AUGUGGGAACAAAGACAUUAAGACAAUUACAAGCUGAAGACGAUGAAGAAGAAAGGUUUCAAGCUGACCUUCAAAAGGCAGUGCGUCAAAGCCUUGAUGCGUACCAAGGAGGUAGAAAUAUGUCGACACUUCUGGAAGUAAACAAUGAUGGGGGUUUAUCUUAUGUUACAACGGAGUCUUGGAGCCCAACCGGAGUUCCCAUAUUUGGCACAGGUCUUCAGAAUGAAGUUGGCGAAUACAAUUGCUUUUUGAAUGUUAUCAUACAGUCUCUAUGGAAUCUGGAGUUGUUUCGAGCUGAGUUCUUACGGCGUUCAACACUAGAGCACCAUCACGUGGGAGAUCCUUGUGUUGUCUGCUCUUUGUAUGAAGUUUUUACUGCUUUAAGCGUUGCUUCGAGUGAAUCACGAAAAGAACCUGUGGCUCCUUCAUCUCUUAGGAUUGCUUUGAGUAACUUGUAUCCAGAUAGCAGUUUUUUCCAAGAGGCUCAGAUGAACGAUGCGUCAGAAGUAUUAGCUGUAAUCUUCGACUGCCUUCAUCGCUCGUUUGCUCAAAGCUCAAGCCUGUCUGACACAGAAUCUGCUGAGAGCAACAGUACGGGUUCAUGGGACUGUGCCAAUCGCACAUGUAUUGCCCAUUCUCUGUUUGGAAUGGAUAUUUUUGAGCAACUGAAUUGCUACAGCUGUGGGCUGGAGUCCAGGCAUAUGAAGUACACUUCCUUUUUCCAUAACAUCAACGCUAGUGCCCUACGCACCAUGAAGGUUACAUACCCUGAGAAUUCAUUUGACGAACUUCUAAAUCUUGUCGAGGUGAACCAUCAACUAGCCUGUGAUCCCGAAACUGGUGGGUGUGGGAAACCCAACCAUAUCCACCAUAUUCUAACCACCCCACCAAAUGUUUUUACAACAGUUUUAGGGUGGCAAAACACGUGUGAGACUGUGGAAGACAUAGCAGAUACUCUUGCAGCCUUGAAUACAGAGAUAGACAUCAGCAUCAUGUAUCGUGGUCUGGACCCUAAGAGCACAUAUAGCUUAGUUUCCGUGGUUUGUUAUUAUGGACAACAUUAUCAUUGUUUUGCAUAUAGUCAUGAACACGAUCAGUGGAUCAUGUACGAUGACAAAAACGUUAAGGUGAUCGGUAGCUGGAGUGAUGUUCUUACAAUGUGUGAAAGAGGACACUUGCAACCACAGGUUCUCUUCUACGAGAAACGUUAAAUCAAAAGAACCAAAAGAAAAACAGAGCCAAGUAGAGUUCUGUUGCUACAGUUUAGGAGAUCUCGCAAGUACAUACUACAAAAGAAGUAAGUACGUUUUUUUGACAUUCAGAACGAAAACUCGAGAGGAAAGGAUGUAAUUUGCUCAUCUCAGUCGUUCUAAGAGAGGAUGGGGAAGAAGAUUUUGUCUUAAGAUUAAGCAAAAGUAUUUUAAGCGGAAAGGGUCUUAGAAGACCUUAUGUAGUUUUCUUGGUUAAAUCCUUGUCACAUUAAGGAUAAUUAUAUGUUCAUAUUAUUAUUACAUAGCCUUCUAUUUCGUCGGUCA